CAUCGCGCACCGACGCCUCGCGUCGCACUGUUGAUCUGGAUGCGAUUAGACUCCUUGCAAUUCAAUAAGCAAUCGGACCUGUCCAAAAGCUCGGUCAACUUUCUUUUCACUUCUCUUGCACGGUCGGGGAAAACAGCAAAGAGCUUUGAACUGUUGUCGGAUACCUCCAUUUGGAUCAACAUCACAUUCUCAAUCGCCGUUGACAUGCAAAUUCACAUCGCCAGCAUCCUGGUGUGCGGGGUGUCAAUGGUGUCGACCAUGUUUAAUGUAUCAGAGGACCGGGCACACUGCCCACUGGGCUACUUCCCCUGUGGAAACCUCAGUACCUGCCUUCCUCAGCUGCUACACUGCAACGGUGUGGAUGACUGCGAGAAUCAGGCAGAUGAGGAGAAUUGUGGGGACAAUAACGGAUGGCCACAUCUCUUUGAUAACUAUUUUGGCAUCCCCAGCAAUAACCUUGGGGCCAAGUCAAACGCCUGCUUGCUUGGAACCGUCCCAGCUGAGUGCCAGUGCAGAGAUCUGGAGCUGGACUGUGACGGUGCACACUUCAAAGACGUACCCACUGUAUCAGUUAAUGUCACCAUGAUGUCUCUCCAGAGGAACUGGUUGAGAAAGCUGAAUCCUGAUAUGUUCUUCAACUACCAGAGCCUUCAAAAGCUAUAUCUCCAGCACAACCGAAUUAAGGUGGUGCACACCCGUGCUUUUAGAGGUCUCUACAAUCUUACGAGACUAUAUCUUAGCUACAAUCGAAUCACCACUUUACUUCCUGGAGUAUUUCAGGACUUGCACAAAUUAGAAUGGCUGAUUCUGGAGAACAACAAUAUUCAGCACAUCACAUCUUUGACCUUCUCUGGUUUGCAUUCACUCGUGCUCCUAGUCUUACUAAACAAUGCUCUCACAAAGCUUGAUGAUAUAUGCUUGGAGAUGCCACGAUUAAACUGGCUAGACAUUGAAGGAAAUAAGAUAGAAACCGUGGGAAAUCUUACCUUCAGGUCCUGUAACAUGUUAACAGUGCUGGUCCUCCAGAGGAACCACAUUAGUUACAUCCACGAGCGGGCUUUCUCUCUUCUUCCAAAGUUGGGCGAGCUAGAUUUGUCCAGUAACAGAAUUGAAGUGAUUCCUCCUGAUAUUUUCAUCAGUCUUGGAGAUUUGCUUCAGCUGAAUAUUUCACACAAUCCCAUCUUGGACUUGAGAGUGGACCAUUUUCACAAGUUGCAUAAGCUCAAGUCACUGAGCAUUGAAGGAAUUGAAAUUGGGAACAUCCACAGACAGAUGUUUGGGCCUCUCAGAAACCUGACUCACAUCUAUUUUAAGAAGUUUCAGUAUUGUGGAUAUGCGCCUCACGUCCGCAGCUGCAAACCCAACACCGAUGGCAUCUCAUCUUUCGAGGACCUGUUGGCUAACAUCGUGCUGCGUGUCUUUGUCUGGGUUGUCUCGGCAACAACUUGCUUCGGCAACAUCUUUGUGAUCUGCAUGCGGUCCUACAUUCGAUCGGAGAACAAGCUUCAUGCCAUGUGCAUCAUCUCCUUAUGCUGUGCAGAUGGUUUGAUGGGCGUCUACCUCUUCAUGAUCGGAGCUUAUGACCUGAAGUUUCGUGGCGAGUAUAACCGUCACGCCCAAGCCUGGAUGGAUAGCACAUCGUGCCAGGUGAUUGGAUCUCUAGCCAUGCUCUCCACUGAAGUCUCAGUGCUGCUCCUAACCUACCUCACCCUGGAGAAAUACAUCUGUAUCGUCUACCCGUUCCGCUACCUGACCCCGGGUCGCAGACGCACCGUGACUAUUCUGGUGGCCAUCUGGAUUUUGGGAUUCAUCAUUGCCUUUCUGCCUCUGGUCUUGAAAGGAGUGUUCAAAAAUUUUUAUGGAACCAAUGGCGUAUGUUUCCCUUUGCAUUCGGAGCAGCCGGAAACACUCGGUGCGCAAAUUUACUCCAUCGUCAUUUUUCUUGGUCUGAAUCUGGUGGCUUUUCUCAUCAUCGUGCUGUCCUAUGGAAGCAUGUUUUACAAUAUCCAGAGAACAGGAACACAGACGACCAAAUACAGCAACCACAUCAAGAAAGAGCUGACAAUUGCCAAACGCUUUUUCUCCAUCGUGAUCACUGAUUCGUUGUGCUGGAUUCCAAUUUUCAUCCUCAAGAUCCUGUCGCUAAUGGAGGUCGAAAUUCCUGGAACCAUCAGUUCGUGGGUUGUUAUCUUUAUUCUGCCCAUCAACAGCGCUCUGAACCCCAUUUUGUACACGCUGACUACGCGGCCCUUUAAAGAGACGCUGCUGCAGGUGUGGUCCAACUACAGACAGCGAAGACCCCUCCUCAGCAGCCACCCCGUGCAUUUGCCUUCAUUCACAUGGCAGGAAAUGUGGCCACUGCAGGAAAACAGUCAAUCACUCUGCUCACCUGACUACCUGCCACACCCAUCUGAAAUGUCCAAUACCUCUGGGACGAACCAGUUAGUGCCUGUGGAAGAGUCAAACGGGACGUGAGGUAGUCCGGUUGGAGUCCUGCAGUCCACUCCACCUCAUAGCCAGGGUUCAUGAUACCUAAGCAUACAUUUUUGUAUGUUUGUUGAUGUUUACAUGCAUGAUCUUACUACAGGGAUCAUAAAGACACACUGCAUAUAAGGAAU